AUGCAAGGACUCGAAGAGCUCGAAGGCUUGGCCUCUCGAGCCCUUCGAUCGAGGAGAGCGAAAGGAUCGAAGCUCGAUCCCCUCGCUCCCUUCGAGCCACGAAGCAUGAAGUUUAAGAUAUCAGAUGUAGAUGAAGAAAACACAGGAUACAAAGAUUUUGAGCCAGGCAUUAUAUUCGUAUACGAAGCGAAGAUCAGAAGGGAGCGGAAUGGUAAGUAUAGUAUGAGGAUUCCCAAUAACACCGUUUCCGGUACUUCCGAUGAAUUUCUAGGUGCACCGACCGGUAACUGCGGACAAUAUAUUAGACCGCGGCAUUAUCGACCAUUAAUGGGGCAUAUGCAAAAUUUGCAGUCACAAUUCCUAUAG